UUUUUCUGGUAGGCCACCUACCAAAAAUGGAAUAGGGAUUUUCCCCUUUUUUUUUUUCUUCAGAUCAGCAAUAGAGAGAUUAAAACCUUCUUAUUAGUAAUACCCCAAAUCAUAAUUACCAGAUUACCCAUUCUAUAAGCACAAGGCCCAGUAAGCUGAGAUACGAUUCCAGGUUUUCCCGUCAUUUCCAUUGUUAUUUUAGUCAAUGAAAUUUCCUCCGUCUCUCUCUCUCUCUUAACUUUAUGGUAAAGUCUACCACAUUCUCUUACCAGUCCCCUCCAUGAUUUCUGAUCCCCUAAAUCCACUCCGUUCCUGACGCCUCCGUCCAUCCAGCGGUUGCUCGCCGUGUAGUCUUCCACCAACCGCAAAUCCGACCAUGCAGACCCCCAAGACCCGCCGUAAAGUCGCCCCGACCGCCGCCGACGGAGACUCCGGCGACAAACUCGACCAGCUCCUCCUCUCCGCCGCCAUCUGCAACGGCGAGGACCUCGGCCCCUUCGUCCGCAAGGCCUUCUACUCCGGCAAACCCGAGACCAUCCUCCACCACCUCCGCCACUUCUCCAAGUCCAAAGAAUCCGAGAUCGAAGAUGUCUGCAAGGCCCACUACCAGGACUUCAUCACCGCCGUCGAUGACCUCCGAUCCCUCCUCUCCGACGUCGAUUCCCUCAAAUCCGCUCUCCACGCCUCCAACUCUCAACUCCAGUCCGUCGCCGGCCCUUUACUAUCCUCUCUCGACUCCUUCGUCGAAGCCCGCGAGGUCAGCCGCAACGUCACCCUCGCGCUACACUCCAUAACCACCUGCGUUCAACUAACCGAGCUUUGUACCCGAUCUAACCUCCACCUAUCGCAAAACAACUUCUACAUGGCUCUAAAGUGUGUCGACUCGAUCGAGCGAGACUUCCUCUACAAAACGCCUUCGUCGACGCUCCGAACGAUGCUCGAGAAGCACAUCCCGGCGAUUCGAUCGCACAUCGAGCGACGGGUUAAUAAAGAGUUUGGCGAUUGGCUGGUUGAGAUCCGUAUCGUGAGUCGUAACUUAGGACAGCUGGCGAUCGGGCAAGCGUCGGCCGCGAGGCAGAGAGAAGAGGAGCUGAGAAUGAAGCAGAGGCAAGCCGAGGAACAGAGUCGACUCAGCCUGAGAGACUGUGUUUACGCUUUGGAAGAAGAAGAUGACGAUGGUUUGGGUGGGAUAGGCGAUGAUAAUAAAGAUGGGUAUAGUAACGGUGGGAAUGGUAUGUUAGGGUUUGAUUUGACUCCUUUGUAUAGAGCUUAUCAUAUACACCAGACGUUAGGGCUUGAAGAUCGGUUCAAACAGUAUUACUUUGAGAAUAGAAAGCUUCAACUGACUUCGGAUUUUCAGGUAUCGUCGAUGACACCUUUUCUUGAAUCUCACCAGACGUUUUUCGCUCAAAUUGCUGGUUUCUUUAUAGUUGAGGAUCGAAUUUUGAGGACCGGAGGGCAAUUGAUAACGAAAAUGGAAGUGGAAAACUUGUGGGAUACGGCUGUGAGUAAAAUGUGUUCUGUAUUAGAAGAUCAGUUCUCUAGGAUGCAGACAGCUAAUCAUUUGUUGUUGAUUAAGGACUACGUGAGUUUGCUAGGGGUGACUGCGCGCGGGUAUGGGUACCCAGUUGAUGCUUUGCUUGAUGUGUUGAGCAAACAUAGAGACAAGUACCACGAGUUGUUGCUGUCAGAUUGCAGAAAACAGAUUGCGGAAGCGCUUUCUGCUGAUAAAUUUGAGCAGAUGUUGAUGAAGAAAGAAUACGAGUAUUCAAUGAAUGUGCUUUCGUUCCAUAUACAAACUUCGGAUAUAGUACCUGCAUUUCCAUAUGUGGCGCCGUUUUCUUCUACGGUUCCUGAUUGUUGUAGAAUAGUACGGUCCUUUAUUGAGGACUCUGUGAGUUAUAUGUCGUACGGUGGGCAGCUUGAUUUCUAUGAUGUCGUGAAGAAGUAUUUGGACCGGCUUCUGACUGAAGUGUUGGAUGGAGGGUUGUUGAAGAUCAUUAAUACCUCCAUCCAUGGGGUCUCUCAAGCAAUGCAAGUGGCAGCAAAUAUGGCUGUACUGGAGCGUGCUUGUGAUUUCUUCUUUCGUCAUGCAGCACAGCUUUCUGGUGUUCCUUUGAGAAUGGUGGAGAGGAGCAGGAGGCAGUUUCCUCUGAACAAAGCCCGUGAUGCCGCUGAAGAGAUGCUUUCUGGGUUGCUUAAACAAAAGGUAGAUGGUUUCAUGACAUUGAUUGAGAAUGUGAACUGGAUGGCCGAUGACCCUCCUCAAAACGGGAAUGAAUAUGCAAAUGAGGUGAUUAUUUAUUUGGAAACUCUGGUUUCUACUGCUCAGCAGAUAUUGCCAGUUCAAGUUCUUAAAAGAGUUCUACAAGAUGUUCUUUCGCACAUAUCCGAGAUGAUUGUAGGGGCUUUACUUGGGGAACCGGUAAAGAGGUUUAACAUAAAUGCUAUCAUGGGGAUUGAUGUAGAUGUUCGGUUGCUGGAAUCAUUUGCAGAGAAUCAGGCUCCACUUUUGUCAGAAGCUGAUGCAAAUCAGUUGAAAGCUGCACUUAUUGAGGCUAGGCAACUGAGUAAUUUACUCUUGAGCAAUCACCCAGAGAAUUUCCUGAAUCCAGUAAUCAGGGAAAGAAGUUAUAAUGCUUUGGACUACCGGAAAGUUGUGAUCAUUUCAGAGAAAUUAAAGGAUCAAUCAGAUCGGCUAUUCGGGACCUUUGGAACAAGGGGAUACAAGGCGAACCCAAAGAAGAAGUCUCUUGAUGCAUUGAUAAAAAGACUCAAGGAUGUGAACUGAUUUUAUACAUUCCUGUACGUAUGUCUUUGUACUACUUUCCUCAUAAUUUCUGUUGAUUGUGAUUAGCAUUACCUUGUAGCGUUUCAUUCCAAAUUUGAUUAUCUUGCCCUCAAGUCUUGCAAAUUGUUCAUCUUUUGAUAGUGUCUUGAGAAACACAAAUUUCAUUCUGUAUGUACUGCCUCACCGUGUAUUGUUUGUAUUAUUUAUUUUUCUAAGUUCUGUAGA